UAGUGUCAUCCAAUCGCAAGGCGUCGGUUGAUUUCAGCAUGUGAUACAUGUAUGUUGUUUGUGAGUGUAUGUGGGGUGAUGUUGAGAGACACAAUUAUUAGUUUUUGUGGUCUGAAGAAAGAGAAUUGUAGUCAUUCACCGACGAGAGACGGAGCGCGAGCGAGCAACUGUUAGCAUAUAACUGCAACCAGGAGGGCUGUCAUUGAGAUUAGUAAUUGCCUUGUUGCUCAGUUUAUUGACUUGGUAUUUGUCUACAUGUUGCUUAGAUUAUAAAUCUUUGCAUUCGGCCUUGUACUACAAACUGAAAUGAGAUUUUGGAUACAUUAAAAGGAAGUACACACAUCUGGUUGAGUCUCGACGUUGACUGCAACUAUUCGGAGUUUAAUUUCCUUGAACUACUACAGUCAGUUGGAUUUUGUAGUCAUUUCAUAAUUUGUUGUCACAGCCGGAAGCAACAAGGUGCACAUUGUUUGUUUGUUUUUUUUAUUUUGUUUUUGGAAUUGAAAAGCACACAUAUAUGCACACAAGCAGCGUGAAAAUCCAUAAAAAAUUUCAAAUGGUUUAUGUUACUGUUCAUGCACCUCUGUUCCGUUAAAUCCGCCCACUGACUGUGGGAACUAACUGGUACUUAAUUUCCUCUCUGUUUCAAUUUUUUAAAAGGGCUGUGGAAACACGCAAGGGGGACUGCAGUUGACUUCCCACAAUCGGUUUCUUUCGAAAUUCAAGUCAAUAGUAGCACUGCUGUUGAUGUUUCGACAGGAAUCGAGUAUUUUGGCUUGUAUUCCUUCUUGCUCUAACUCCUUGCAGGACGGGGAGAGGAAUAUGUCUCGGUACAACCUCGACAGUUUAAUGGAUUGGGUGUACGGUGGAGUGGACCCCAGGUUCGCCGGUAACGGGGGACCCGAGUGCGCAGCCUUCCUAUCCAUGAAGCAGCGUGUUGUCGAGAGUCUGCUGCUUACCGCUAUAUCCGCUAGUGAGAUUUUACUUGGAUUCUUGAAGAUUAGACAUUCCCAGGAGAACUGGCAGGAAGAAGGAACAAAAGGACGGCAGGGCAAACAAGAGAGCCUGGGGAAGAACUUGUUGCUGGUUGCUCUAUGUCUCACAUUUGGAGUGGAAGUCGGAUUCAAGUUUGCUACCAAGACACUCAUCUAUCUUUUAAAUCCAUGCCAUGUUGUGACUAUGAUGCAGAUUUUUCUUCUUGCUUGUCCACCAUGUAAAAUUGCAAUGAUCAUCUUUAGAUUGCAGAUGCACAUGCUGAAUGGGGCUCUCUUAGCACUGCUUUUCCCUGUUGUUAAUACUCGACUGCUUCCAUUUGAAAUGGAGGUGUACUAUAUCCAACAUGUGAUGCUAUAUGUUGUACCUGUCUAUCUACUCAGGAAAGGAGGAGCAUAUACACCUGAACCAUUGGGGAAUUUCUGGUGGGCCCUUCUAUCAACAGGACUGCUUUUUUUAUAUCACUUCACUUUCUUACAGUUUCUAGGAAUGAUCACAGAAGUGAACUUGAACAAUAUGUUGUGCCCAGCUGUGUCAGACCCUUUCUAUGGCCCCUGGUAUCGUAUGUGGGCAUCAGGACAUCAAACAUUAAUGACAAUGAUCCAUGGCAAGUGUGUUGUGUUACUGUUCUUCUGUAUCACACCUGUGGUGAAGUACAUCCAGGAUUUCAUCAGGCUCCCAACUAAAAAAUUAGUUUAAUGUAAAAAUGGACAAGAACAUUCAAUAAAAGGAUUAGCUAAAUAAGCAUAAGUACAGUAUAUUAGAUUUCAGACAUUUCUUGUCUGGAAAAUGUUUUGGACCAUUUAACACUCAAGAAGAAUGAAAGAUAAGAAAGUAGAAACAAUUACUUCUGUUUUUCACUGCCAAGCCUGUGGCCUUACAAAGGUAUGGUGACAUAUGUAUAGAAUUAUGUGACAAUGAGCUUAGAUAUUUUAAACUUACUAGAACAUUGUGAAUGAUACAAGAUAUGUUAAAAUAUUUUUUGUAAAAGUUUUUAUUCAUAUGACAAUAUAGAAUUUUGUGUCACUUUCCCUCCUAAAGGGCUUAACGAUCUGGUGAAGUAGAUACUCACCAUGAGUUUUUGAUCAUUAAGUAAACUGGUUUGCAUUGUCGUUCA